UUUUGAUUUGUUUUGCAUGAUUACGUAAUCCAAGCAUGGCUCUUAAAACUGAGGAAGAGGUUAAAGAAUUUUUGGAAAAUAUAGGCGUUGAAUACCGUUUUUCUUGCUUUCACGAAAAAAAUGCCGAAGGUUGCCAUUUGCUUGGUGAUUAUUUAGAAGCAUACAAGCAGGAUUUUGAGGCAGCUAAAAAAGUGUACCAGAGCAACUGUGAUGAGCGAAAAUAUGCUAGAAGCUGUUUCAAAGUUGGCAAUUAUGAUUUCUUAGGCAAAGGUUGUGUCAAAGACCUUUCAUCUUCUCUAAAGUAUUAUAAAACAGCUUGUGACCUCAGCUACCCAGAAGGUUGCUUACACCAAGGAGUCAUGUUGACUGUCCCAAAUGGACCUGACAGUGUUGGAACAGACUUUGUUGAAGGUCUCAAAAGUUUAGAAAAAGGUUGUUCUUUAGGCAAUGCCAUGGCGUGUUAUUAUGCAAGUGGAAUUCACAUAACUGGUGCAGAAGGAGUUCCAAAGGACCUGAAAAAGGCUUCAGAAAUGUCUCUUAAAGCGUGUGAGGGUAAAAACAUCUAUGCUUGCAUGAACCUUAGUCACAUGUACAGAAAAGGUGAUGGAGUGGAAAAAGACGAGAAGAAAGCGGAAAUGUUCAAAGAGAAAGCAAGAGAAAUAAGAGAAGAGAAUAAAACUUUCUCUAUAGGUUUACAGCAACAUACCUGAACUUAUAUUAUAGUUAUUGUUUUUAAAUUAGCAGAAAGGUGUCUUAAGAGCUUCAAUAACAUGGAUGUUCCUUUAAAUACUUCGCAUUUUAGAAAACUGUCAGAUUGUUGAAACUAGUCAUUUCUCUGGUUUUUUGAUUUUGGAAGGACUUUAAAAUAGCAGGUACAGUGUGGCUGUCUUCAAACUGAAAAUAAUAACUAAGUAAAAGGUAGGCUAUAAGAAACGUAAUCAAAAAUUCUAUCUCAGCUCAUUGAAACAAAAAGACUUGGACUACCCUAAUUUAUAAAUUUUGAAAUACUUUUUAAAAAAUGGUUGUGGUUUCUCUUGAUUAUCAUAUAAUUGGCACCAUGCUAAGCUAACGAAUGUGAAGAUUGGCAAUUUUCAGGAGAGCCAAAAUAAUUUUUUUUCACCUGACAUGUUUAGUUAUUUUCGAUGUUUUAAUUUUAUAGAUAACUUUAAGUAUAAAACUAUCCUUUGAAGUAGGAAUACCCAGUAGGUAGCCCUUUUUGAGUACUACAGCAAGCCAUCGAAUUUGAAAAAGGCGAUUGGCAAUUUUUCACAUUCUGCCAUAAUUUUCAAUAUUUAGGAGUUCAGUUCAAA